UAGCCAGCUAGGGACACAUUUAUAUGCUUCAAUGAUGAGAGGCACGUUCAUAAUCCUUAUGUUUGCUGUGGGAACUUGGAUCAGUUCUGCUCAUGCAAGGGCUUUGAUAGGAACUAAUCCAAGGGAUCAAUCCAUGAGGAUAAUUAUAUUUGGAAGGUCCUCAACCUCUGCUGCUCCCUUGUCCCAUCAAACAACAGUUGAUGAUCCUUCUUGUACGGCAAAUUCUCCUCCGCCUCCACACAAAUCGCCGCCAACACCACCUUUAGGUCCUCCAGCUCCAAACCCAGGACCUCCACCUAAACCACCGAAAUACCAUGGUAUUGUAACUGGUGGUGGUAGUCUGCGAGUGUCCAAUGUGGCUUCAUUUUGAACAUCAAAGUCAAGCCGUUCAUAGAUGUGAUGAGGGUGGGCCUUACACCUUCUAUUAUGUAUUUGCUGCUUUAAUUAGAAUAAGGACUAAGCUCGUUUCUAAUUAACUUUAAUUAGAAUCAUGUUUAGCUUAAUCAUCUUGUUUCAGUUUGAAUGCUAAAGCCAUUCAUGAA